AUCAUCUAAGCAUUUAAGGUGAAAUAAUAACAAGACAUUUACUGUACAGAAUUAACAAUAAUCUGAGCAAGACCUAAUCCAAACUUGCCAGUGUGAAAAGUCUUUGUUCUUCUCCGUAUAAUAAUUCUCGAAACGCAAAGAACAACCAAUGCUUUAUAUGCUUACUUCAAACUUCACCAAAAGUAGAGAUGGUAGUGUUUGAGAAUCAGUUAGUUUGACCAAGAGGUAAUAAGGUUGUACGAAAACAUCGGAAAAAAUAGGGUGGACACAGGCACAUAACAAAAGCUCGUUUCUCGUUAGAUAUGAAAGGGUGGGUGGCUGAAAGCCUCAAGCUGAAAAAAACAGGGGUAACACGCUGAACCACUAACAUGGAUCUUGUUUCCAUUGGCCUAAACAUGCCAGCUCCGAUCAGCGAAGCUUUAACUUGUGAUUCGCAAGGGUGCCCCCCCCCCCCCCCCCCCCCAAAAGAAAACACCUGAUUAAAUACAGGCAUUCCACAGCAAAAUGCUAGGUUAGCAAUCCAUUAAAUAAUGGCUUUGGUAAGCAAUUAUGCCAAGAUCCACCAUCAGACUAAAUUGGACUGCUGGUUCUUGUUGCCAAUUGCUGGAACAUAAUGAUGCGAUGGCCCAUCUCAAGGACAGUAGACACAUAAAACAAUGUACUAAACAUGAGACGACUUUAGGAUUCCAAUCUCUAUGUUUGUGCUUAAAAAAUCUCAAGGCAUAGCAGACAACAUGUGGGAGAUGUAAUUGCAUGAUUCUUCGUGUCUACCAAUCAAAUGCUACUGCUUCUACAUUUCUGUAUAAAUAGGCCUCAGCAGAGCAGUAGACGCAUCAAACAAAUAAGUGUUCCUUUCUUCAACUCUUCAUCAACCACAAUAUAUACUGAGAAAAGCUUCAAGCUCAGAUAUGGCUUUCCACCAAAGAUCGAUAAGUUUGCCUUCUAGGCCUCACGUCAGUGAGACCCAAGUCGAGCAAGAGCUUCACAGCCUAGAAGCAAGCAUCUCUUCCUCCAAUUCCAUCAGCAUGAUGUGCGAUGGUCUCAGGAGUCUUGCAAACAUCUAUGAUGGUCUUGAAGAGAUUAUUUGCCUACCAAGCCACCAUGUUUUCUCCUCCCAGCAGAGGAACAUGUUGGAUGGAGAAAUGGAAGGUUCUCUUGAGCUGCUAGAUCUCUGCAGCGUCAUGCAAGAGAUCUUCGCCGAGAUGAAGGCCAUCAUCCAAGAGCUGCAAGUGGCUCUAAGGAAAGGGGAUGAUGCAGCUACUCAAGCCAAGAUCCAGUCUUACACCCGCUUGGCGAAGAAGGCCAAGAAUCAUUUCAAGAAGACCGCGAAGAAGACUUCUGUAGAUUGCAGGAUGGUCAUGCUCUUGGCCAAGGCCAGGGAGAUCUCUGUCUCUCUGCUGGAGUCCACACUCCGUCUCUUGUCGAAGCAAAUUGAAAUGCCUAAACAGUCUCUUGUUUCCAAGGCAUUUCACAAAAAGAAGUCAGUUUCCUGCAAGGAAGAGCAAUUGUCGGAGUUAGAGUGCAGUAUCGUAGAUCUUGAGAUCGGAGCAGGACAUCUGUUCAGGAAGUUAGUCCAGAGCAGAGUUUCUCUACUCAACGUCCUUAGCUCAUAGAUACUCCCAAGUCACUCUUGACGACCUCCAAUUGGCAUCCGCCUUUUAAGGAAUAGCUGAUCUUC